GCCACGGAGCUAAUCACAAUUAACACGUCAUUGAGGAAGCUCGAGAUUCGGUCGAGUAUAGAUGCUGUGCGCCGCUCGUCAGCGCUCACAUUUGCGAUUCGAAUUCUGCUGCCACACUUGCGCUCGAAGCUCUCAACUGUCUCUGUUCGAAGUGCGCAGCCAUGUCUGGACGCGGCAAGGGAGGUAAGGGUUUGGGCAAAGGAGGCGCCAAGCGUCAUAGGAAGGUGUUCAGAGAUAACAUCCAGGGAAUCACCAAGCCCGCCAUCAGGCGUCUGGCCCGACGAGGAGGAGUGAAGCGUAUCAGCGGGCUGAUUUACGAGGAGACUCGCGGAGUUCUGAAGAUCUUUCUGGAGAAUGUGAUCCGAGAUGCGGUGACGUACACGGAGCACGCGAGGCGCAAGACUGUGACUGCUAUGGACGUGGUGUACGCGCUGAAGAGGCAGGGAAGAACUCUGUACGGGUUCGGGGGGUAGAAUGUGCUCUGCCGUGCCCAUUGGUUUGAUAGUCUUUGCUGUGACGGGUGCACAAUUUUCCACGGUCUGGAUUUUUUGAGUGCUAUUUUUGUUUCUAGGCAGAGUGAGGUUCAUUUUCUGCUCGUGGAAAGGUACAUCCGUGCACUUUGUAUCCCGUCUGCGAAUAGUUCGAUUCGACAAUUCGUCGAGUUAUAUAAGCCAGGCCUUUCGGGCGUAGUCGGGAGAUAUCAAUUGUAAAUAUAAACGUAGCUCGAGAUUAAUCCCGCCGAACAUUUUUUUGGGGUUUGAUCCCAGUAUGUACAUUACACUUCAGAUUUAAGUUUUGAAAGUCUCGUUCCAUUUGAACAGGACUUCAAGAAGCCUCUAUUCAGUACUUUCCCGGUCUUCCUGUCAUGGUGCAUCACCUCAGUAGAUUGAGAAACUUGAUGUAGGUUGAAUGAUUACUGUUCGACAGAAUCUACGAUAUCUUGUAAGUGGUACUCCACAAGAUAAGAAAGCCUGUCAGUGUAUUCGAACGUUAUGAGGAGCUCUCACUUUCUCCCUUUCUCCCUCAGUUAACAAGGGAGGUCCUCAUUAAGUUGGAACACAUUGACAGGCUUUCUUAUCGAAUCAUUCGAAUUCAAUGACAUCAUCUUCACUUUUUCCCUGCUUCUCUGCUGCGCUUAACAAUUGCAGCAACUGGCGUAUCCAAAGAGUGAAUUAAUCGACAUUUGCUGCAACAGUUGAGUAUAAUCAACAUAUUUGGGACACUCGAAAAUUCUGUUAUAUUGUCGCAGAUUUAACUCAGGUCCUUCAGCCUAGCCGAUUCAAUCAGGAAUUGACAUCUAAAAUCAUUUGCUCCGCACAUCUUGAAAAUGGAAAAAUGAUAUAGAUGAUAAAGCACUCAACAAAUCAACAUUGUAUAUACACAAAUACCUUUGCGAGUAAGCAAACCUCGGCCACCGAAGGCCAACACUAAGUACUGUACGUAAGUUUCAUCACGAGCAAACUCUGAAUGUCAAGAAUCUUGAAAACACUAUUGCUCCGUAAAUCAUUUACACUCACCACUUCAAUAGGA